GUCAUGGUUUCGCACUUUUCUUUGGCAGGAAGAAUUGGCACCAAUGGCAGGAAGAAGGAAGUGUGUGCAGGAAGCUGAAGGAGCUUAGGACGUGUGAGCAGUGCUGGUUUUGCCUGACGAAAAGCAAUCUGCAGCGUCUUGAGCAAAGUGAAGGUGUGUGCAGGAGCGCACGCAUUUCAUGCGGGAAGGAUCACAAAUUCUCAAGACAAGCUUGUGCUGAGAGCAGAUUUGAACAGUUCAGGAAAAGCUGUGCAAGGAAAGAGGGCGGUUCCGGGAAGUAAUUGGUUGUGCACCAGAAAACGGGCUAGGAACGUCAACCAAAAACUUAUAAUUCGAAGUUUUUGAAACAUAAACCUAAAAGCAGUUUGAUGGUCGAUAGCUCUCUCAGUGGUGUUCCCAGCACACCGUCUAUGGCUGCAGCUAGUAGCGCUCAUAUUGGGGCAGGGGUUUUGCACCAUAGGGAGAAGCCAAUGUCUCCGAAGGGCCUGGACUACCUCCCUAAGGGGCCCUUUGUUUUCCACGCUGACCCCCCGGCCGACUUGAACAAGAAUACGUCGUGGCUGCUGUAUCCGGGCAUCUGGACCUCGUACGUGCUCAUCAUUGGCUUUGUGUGGAUGUUGUUUGUGAGCCUGGGCGGUGUGCCCUCGGGACUGGCGUGGACCUACGUGCACCUUCUGCACUUUGUGAUUACUUUCUACCUGCUCCACUGGAGGAAAGGCUCCCCGUUCGGCGAGGACCAGGGGAUCUACGACCGGCUGACCAUGUGGGAGCAGAUCGACGAUGGCGUACAGUUCACGAGGACCAAGAAGUUCUUCACCGCGGUCCCUGUGGUGCUCUUCUUGAUCGCGUCCCAUGCUACGGACUACCACGAUCAUCCAUUCUUUGCGCUCAACGUCCUGGCCGUGGGUAUCUUGCUCCUCGCCAAGACUCCCAUGCUGCACAAAGUCCGGAUCUUCGGUAUAAACUCCGACUAUCCGUCCUAGUCCUUAGGAAAGUCGUUCCCACAAAAGUAAUUGGUUGUCAGCCGAGCCAAUGCUUGUUGAUAUAGCAGUGCUGAGAGUAACCCACUUCGAUCUGAGCGAUUGAUUUGUAUACUAGGCCCUUGAUUCAUCUCAUGCGGGAGACAGCGCGAAAACGCUGGGGACUGGGACUAUAUUACGUCAUUGGAGCUUGGUUGGCUCCCCAAACGUAACAAAACGCAAGUCCGGUUACAGUUACGAGGCUUUUCAAAACCGAAGCACCGCAUGCAAGCACGUUCCAUUCGGCUCGCACUUCAGACAAUCAGCGUCGUUUCUGUCCAGAGAGUAUAGAGUAAAUGCUUUUUGGCAUCGAACUGUUGAGUGUUGCUCAAAGGUCAUUGUCGCUCUAUGCAAGCGAUGAAGAGCCGGCAAUCGUGUUUGACGAGACUGUGAUGUCCACAUGCGAG